AAAUAAAAAUGGUCACAUGAAUUAUGAGUUCCAUUCAAAAAAAAAAUCAGACGUAUUCAUGUAUCAUAUGGUUAAUAGAUGAUCAUAGCAAAAAAAGAAGAAGGGCUUUCCCAAUUUAUCAUCAUCAUAAUCAUCAUCACUACGUCAUCAUCAUCAAGGUUGAUUGUUAUUUCUAAUCAUCAUACGACGGAUGAUUGUUUUAAAACUGCGCAUUGCAUCAUAUGACUUGGCCACCAUAAUGAUAAAUCAUAGAUGAGAUCCGGAUCAUCUGCAAGAUAUUUUGUCGAAUUGUGAUUGCACUGAACUUGUGAUGAUGAAGAUGUGAAAUGAUUUUUUUUCUCCAUUAUAAAAAGGAAAUUAUUCGUCAUCUAAAUUACAAUUUUAAUCACUACAAAACAACAACAACAACAACAACGUUUCGUUUAUUUUAUUCAUACAUAAAAUAAACAUGAAAUCUAUAAUACCAAUAACGGCAAAUUCUUUGAAAACAUUACGUUCAUAUUUAAAAUCGGUUCCCAAUAAAAUAUAUUCAGUUGAAAUUAAAAUUAAAACUGAAAAUGCAUCAUCAUCAACAGAACUGCCCACCGUUUCCGAAACUGUCGAUCCAAAUAAUUUGCAAUCGAAACAAACCACUUCCAGCAAUGCCACCACCGAAACUAAAAUGGUGGAUAAGAAAUCUAAACCAAAAUCCUUAUCGAAUGAUGUGUUAUUGAAAAAAUUAUCGCAAAUCGAAAGAAUCAAACGUACGGAAAAAUUGGUCAAUUCAUUGAAACAUUCAUGGUCGAUAGCAACAUUGCCGAAUGCAAUUUCACUAAACAUUCGUUUGAAACAAUUGUACGAUCAUCUUCAAACGUAUCCUGAAGCAUCAAAUCUUGCUGUUCGUAAGAAUAUUCUAUCCAAACUAUUGAAAAUACGUGAAUUCUCACAAUUUCUGAUAAAUGGAACAUCCAUAUCAGAAUGGCUGAAACUACCACAAAAACGAAAAUCUUCUAGUCAACAAAUUAAUCAGACCAGAUUGUUGCAUAAAAAUUAUCAUCGAUUUGUUAAUGAAAAUUCUAGACAGAUAAUAUCGUUACUUGGACAUGCUGAUCCACCGAAAGGUCGUGGUAUACGUGUAUUGAGUAUUGAUGGUGGUGGUACACGAGGAUUAUUGGUCAUAGAAAUAUUACGUCAAAUUGAACGACAAUAUGGCCAGCCAAUACAUAAGAUAUUUGAUUUGAUUUGUGGCGUAAGUACUGGUGCUAUUAUUGCCAUGUUACUUGGUGCAUUACGCAUACCUAUUGAUGAAUGUGAAUCUUAUUAUCGACAAGUCAGUUCAUAUCUAUUCAAAACCGAUGUUCUUCGUGGUACUGGUCGUCUACUAUGGUCACAUGCAUAUUAUGAUACAAAUGUUUAUGAAAAAAUUCUCAAACAAAUCUAUGGUGAUAUAAGAUUGAUUCAUACGAAAAAAAGUUCCGAUUGUCCACAUAUGGUUGUCAUAUCGGCCAUUGUUAAUCUUCCUACAUUGGAACCAUAUCUAUUUCGUAAUUAUGAGCUUCAUCCUUCAUCGAAACCAUUAAGUCAUUUUGAUGGUGGUUCUAUGCAUCGUAUAUGGGAAGCAGUGCGUGCUUCAUCAGCUGCACCUGGUUAUUUUGAAGAAUUCACAUUGGAUAAACAUGUUCAUCAGGAUGGUGGUAUUCUAUUGAACAAUCCAACAGCUGUUGCAUUACAUGAAGCAAAAUUAUUAUGGCCAAACGAACAGAUACAAUGUGUCAUAUCGUUGGGUAGUGGCCGUUAUCAGCCUCCAUCUAAUCGUACAAUUGAAUCACAUGAUAACAAAGAUGUUACUUUAUCUAGUUUGAAACAUAAAAUUCUACGUCUUAUCGAUUCGGCAACCGAUACAGAAAUGAUACAUCGUUUAAUGCAAGAUAUGUUACCGAAUCAGGUAUAUUAUCGUAUGAAUCCAAUGCUCACUGAUUAUUCAACAAUCGAUGAAAAUCGUCCAGAAAAAUUGGAACAAAUGAAACAGGAUGCACAAAUAUAUCUACGUAAAAAUGAACAUAAAUUUCGUACGGCUAUUGAACAACUUAAAUUGGAACGAUCACAUUAUCAAUCGUUAAAGGAUCGAAUCCAUUUACAAUCAAAAGUAUAUUGGCCAUUUUAAUGUAUCGAUUUGUAUAGAAAUCAAUUGAUUGUAAUUGUAUAUUUAGAAACAUUUCUUUUUUUUUAAUUUUUUGAUUGAUUAAAAUUAAC